AAGAUCUGAUGCCUGCAAGCAAGCAGCACCAAGCGGAGCUGUUUAGUCUUUGAUUGCAGAUGAACGGCACAUACGUGUUGUAAAGCCUCCUUAUGCUGUCUGUAGCACCGAGCAGACCCGUGGCUGAGAAGAGAGGGAUAAAUGCCCAAGCAACUCAUUUAGCACAGCAGCUGACAAGACAAUACCCUUGUGCUGGAAUGUUCUCAUGCAAAGAUUUACAAUCCUGGAGUUGCCAAUGAAGGGGACCAACAUUAUUUAUGUGAUACAGAGCCAUCAUCUGGAUUCCAAAGACUCUUGGAUUGGACUUCAUCUUAAACCUGUGGAGUUCAAGACCUUUUAAAAGGGGCUAAACAAACGUUCUCUACAUGUAAAAGGCCACUGACUCCUGCUUCCUCUGAGCAACUGUGCAACUCAGCUGCCUCCAGAGUGCAGAAAUAGUUCCUGGAGAGACAAGCCAUACAUUGGAGGACACAAAAUUAAUGUUGAAAUUAAAGCUGAAGACUUUAUUAACAAACCCUUCAACGUGAAAAUGAACACAGAUAGCGGUGGGUGUGCUCGCAAACGUGCUGCCAUGUCUGUUACGUUAACAUCCGUGAAGAGAGUUCAAAGUUCUCCAAAUCUAUUGGCUUCAGGGCAUGAUUUUCAGUCACCAGACUCAGCUUGGAGCUCUUACAAUGAUCGAAAUCCAGAGACACUGAAUGGGGAUGCCACAUAUUCCUCUCUUGCAGCAAAAGGUUUUAGAAGCGUUCGACCAAAUCUACAAGAAAAAAAAUCACCAAUUCAGAGCCAGAUAACAGUAAAUGGCAGCUCAGGCCGUGCUGUGAGUCCCAUGAGUUACUAUCAAAGGCCAUUUUCCCCAGCAUACUCUCUCCCAGCUUCGCUCAACUCAAGUAUGAUCAUGCCUCACGGCAGAUCCCUUGAUUCUGCAGAGACAUAUUCCCAGCAUGCACAGUCUCUGGAUGGUACCACAGGCAGCUCCAUCCCACUGUACAGAUCUUCAGAGGAGGAGAAGAGAGUGACAGUCAUCAAGGCUCCACAUUACCCAGGGAUUGGGCCUGUGGAUGAAUCUGGAAUCCCCACAGCCAUUAGAACGACAGUUGACCGACCAAAGGAUUGGUACAAGACAAUGUUUAAGCAAAUUCACAUGGUACACAAGCCGGAUGAUGAUACAGACAUGUAUAAUACUCCUUACACGUACAACACAGGUCUGUACAACCCACCUUACAGUGCCCAGUCACAUCCUGCUGCAAAGACCCAGACCUACAGACCUCUGUCCAAAAGCCACUCAGACAAUGGUACUGAUGGCUUUAAAGGUGCAUCCUCCCCAGUGCCUCCCCCACAUGUUCCACCGCGACCACAAGAUCGGUCUUUCACAGAAAAGCAUGACUGGGAUCCUCCAGAUAGAAAAGUGGACACCAGAAGGUUUCGAUCGGAGCCAAGGAGCAUUUUUGAAUACGAACCUGGGAAGUCAUCAAUCUUGCAGCAUGAAAGACCACCCCCUCUCCCAACCACUCCUACACCCGUUCAGAGGGACCCUGACCGGAAGCCUCUUUCCUCCUCCCCCUCGGCAGACCUGCGCAGCCCUUCCCCUCCGCCCCGGAGCUGCGUCCCGGCGCUCUCUCCCAUCCGGACUGAUCGCAUAAAUCCAGAUGACAUAGAUUUAGAAAAUGAGCCCUGGUAUAAAUUCUUUUCAGAACUGGAGUUUGGACGCCCGCCUCCUAAAAAGGCUCUGGACUAUGUUCAAGAUCAUUCUUCUGGUGUUUCCAAUGAGACCUCCAUAUAUCAGUCCUCCAUAGACAGAAGCCUGGAAAGACCCAGUAGUUCUGCAAGCAUGGCCAGUGACUUUAGGAAACGGAGGAAGAGUGAACCUACAGUGGGUCCACCCAGGGGCUUGGGAGAUCAAAGUCUGAGCAGGACCAGCCCUAGUAGGGCAGAACUCCCAGGAUCAAGUACCACCCAGAUGAAGUCCUUCAUUAGUUCUUCUCCUUCUUCCCCCUCAAGAGCAAAAGGUGGGGAGGAUAGCAAAAUGUGUCCAUCCCUUUGCAGUUACGUGGGGCUCAAUGGUGCCGCCUCUGGUGAGUUAGAGUACUGUAGCAAUUAUAGACGACAUUUGGAUGUUCCAAGGGACUCACAAAGGGCCAUCACUUUCAAGAAUGGGUGGCAGAUGGCCAGGCAAAAUGCAGAGAUCUGGAGCAGUACUGAAGAGACAGUGUCCCCUAAAAUCAAAUCCCGUAGCUGUGAUGAUCUCCUUAACGAUGACUGUGAUAGCUUCCCAGACCCCAAGACCAAGUCGGAAAGUAUGGGCUCCCUAUUGUGUGAAGAGGACCCCAAGGAGAACUGCUCCAGGGCAUGGACCAGCCCCUACAUCCAGGAGGUUCGUGGUAACAGCCGAUCAAGGGCCAGACACAGGUUGGCCCACAAUGCCCCAGGGUUCCUCAAAAUGUACAAGAAAAUGCAUCGCAUUAACCGCAAGGACUUGAUUAACUCGGAGGUGAUUUGCUCGGUGAAGUCGAGAAUAAUGCAGUAUGAGAAGGAGCAGCAGCCCAGGGGCCUGCUGCAUGGAUGGAGCCAGUCCUCCACCGAGGAGGUGCCUCGCGACAUGGUACCCACACGCAUUUCUGAAUUUGAAAAAUUGAUUCAGAAGUCAAAAUCCAUGCCCAAUCUAGGAGAUGAAUUGCUAUCCCCUGUAACCCUAGAACCUCAACAGAAUGGUGUGUGUCCCAAGAGGCGAUUUUCCAUUGAGUCUUUGCUGGAGGAAGAGACUCAAAGCAGGCAUCCUUCUCAGGUUCACCUAAGCUACACAUCGCAAAGCCUGGUGCCAAUUCACAUCGAAGUCACUAGUGAUGAGCAGCCUAGAGCUCACGUGGAGUUCUCGGAUAGUGACCAGGACGGAGUCGUGUCUGACCACAGUGACUACAUCCAUGUAGAAGGGUCGUCCUUCUGCAGUGAGAGUGAUUUUGACCACUUCUCCUUCGCAUCAUCGGAGAGUUUCUAUGGAUCCAGCCACCACCACCACCACCAUCACCACCGGCACCUAGCCAGCAGCUGCAAAGGCCGAUGCCCCGCCUCCUACACUCGAUUUACCACAAUGUUGAAACAUGAAAGAGCUAGGCAUGAGAACAUUGACCUUCCCAGAAGACAGGAAAUGGACCCUGGCCUGUCUAAACUUGCAUUUCUGGUCAGCCCUGUGCCUUUCCGAAGGAAAAAGAAUUUGACUCCCAAGAAACAGACUGAAAAGGAAAAAUGCAAAGCCUCUAUGGUUGAGGCUCUGGACUCGGCCCUCAAAGACAUAUGUGACCAAAUUAAAACUGAGAAGAGGAGAGGAAGUCUGCCAGACAACAGUAUUUUGCACAGGCUCAUCAGUGAACUGCUGCCAGACAUUCCUGAAAGGAAUUCAUCUCUCUGUGCUCUGAAAAGGAGCUCCAUGCACCAGCCUUUCCACCCACUGCCUCAUGAUGGUGCUAUUCGCUGUCCACCCUACCAAAAUGACUGCGGGGGGAUGCCUCACAUCACCUCUUUCCAAGAUGUUGACACGGCCAAUAACAACUACCACCCCCAGGACUAUGAGAAUGCACUGGGUGUGCAAGAACAUGAAUCCCCUAGAAGUUACUCAUCUACUUUGACUGACUUGGGAAGAAGUACACCUAGGGAACGAAGAGGAACUCCAGAAAAAGAGAAAUUGCCUGCAAAAGCUGUUUAUGAUUUCAAGGCUCAGACAUCUAAGGAGUUGUCCUUUAAGAAAGGAGACACUGUGUACAUCCUCAGGAAAAUUGAUCAAAACUGGUAUGAAGGAGAGCAUUAUGGACGAGUGGGCAUUUUCCCAAUCUCAUAUGUAGAGAAACUAACACCUCCUGAAAAAGCACAGCCUGCAAGGCCACCUCCCCCAGCCCAGCCUGGAGAGAUUGGAGAAGCAAUAGCCAAAUAUAAUUUCAAUGCAGACACAAAUGUGGAGCUCUCACUGAGAAAGGGUGAUAGGAUUAUUCUUCUUAAAAGAGUUGAUCAAAACUGGUAUGAAGGUAAAAUCCCAGGCAGCAGCAGACAAGGCAUCUUCCCCGUGUCCUACGUGGAAGUUGUCAAGAAGAACUCCACCAGUGCUGAUGAUGACCCUGACCCUCCAGUACCCCACAGCUACUCUAGUGACAGAAUUCACAGCCUAGGUUCCAGUAAGCCACAGCGUCCUGUGCUCACUCAUGAAAACAUUCAAGGUGGAGGGGAACCGUUUCAGGCUCUGUAUAACUAUACUCCUAGGAAUGAAGAUGAGCUGGAACUCAGAGAAAGUGAUGUCGUUGAUGUGAUGGAGAAGUGUGAUGAUGGAUGGUUUGUGGGAACCUCACGAAGAACUAAAUUCUUUGGUACUUUUCCUGGAAACUAUGUCAAGAGGCUUUGAAUCACCCUCCCUCCUUAUUUAUGCUGCAUUUCAGCAACACAUCUGCGUAAACUUGCCUGAAACCUCCCCACAGGCCUCUAGUUGUCGUGUCUUAUGGUUUCCAAUACACCAUCACCAUCUCUACCUGCUGCCUCCAAAUUGCCAGCAGAGUAAUUGCAGUUGUGCACCUGAGGGAAACAUGGCGGACUUGCAUCACAGAAAGAGUUCAGCUUCCAGCUUUCUGCCCUAGAAUUUGAAACAUUCAUAGAUGAGAUCAGAAUGAAGAUCAUCCUAUUUAGAAACAGUACAGUAAUUUAGGGGGGAAGAAAAUGUCUACAGAAUGCUAUCUGCUCUCAUGGAUGAAUUCCCACCUCUCUGGAAGAUUUCUUCCCUCAGGCAACCAGAAGACUCUGCAAUGUUGUGGUUUGCAUUUUCCCAUUCUCAGCUUGGCAGUGUAUUUUCCUUUCACGAGUUUGCCUGGUAUCUUGGUUUACACUAUUUGACAACUGUACUUCAGCUGUUGUUGGCCUGCAUUUAUUGUAUGUUGUGAUAUGCACAGUGAUUACAAAAUCUAACACAGGAGUAGGAAAGUUAGUAGAGAAGGGUGUGCUUUUGUUGAUUGAAUGUAAAUUUUCACUUAGAAGUCUUUUCCUGUCAUUUUUUUGUGCUUAUUAGAAGUCCAAACAGUAAGUAAGAAAGAUCCUUUGAUAACUCUGAUGGGAAUACAAGAGGUUUAGCUACAUAACAGGAAAAUAAACUAUUGUGUUGUUAAGUUACAUUGCUAUUUUAUAUUAAAAUGUAAUCAUCAGCAACAGUAACAAUGAACUUUUAGUGUUUUAUUUAUCUGAUGAAAUUUAAAUGAAAGCAGUGUUAGUGAGAGGUGCAAAGAACUAUUCUAAUAUAGACAUUUGAAAUUACCUGUAAGCAAUAUUAGUAGGUUUCAUCCUGUGUGCACAUACACAUUUGAGACUGUAUGGGAACUUAUACUCCAUAAGAUAUGUUGUACAUUUUAUGGAAUUGUAAAAGAGUCCCACAUAUUAUUUUAUACAACUAGAAUACUCCAGGAGCAUCAGAAGUAUUAAGGCUGGUUUUAGCAAGGGUUAUAAUCAAGACAAUUAUUUUUACAGUGAUACUUAUUUUUCUUCUAAGAAACCCAAAAUCCUGGCUACAUUUUCAGACAGGGAUAUGUUGAGCCUGGUUUUCCGGGUGUGUGUACAAUACUUUAUAGGAACAAAUUAGGCACAUUUUUUUUAGUAACAAUGUUAAACCAUUCAGGUUUUAGUUUCCUCUCUAAAACAUAAACUUACAAAAUUAUAUUGACCCUGAAAGAUUUACUAGUGCCUGAAUAACACAUACCUGAGAGCUGGCUCUGGUCCUCAUGAUUUUGCACAUCCUAAGAGCCAGCUCUUUCCUUGUGGAUUUCAUAAGAACUGUUCAUCUGUGAAUCUUGAGAAUCUCACAGAUAAAACUUUUCAUGGCAUUCCUUCCAUGGACAGAAGUUGAUCUUUUCACAAUACAUAGACUUUAGAAUUUUGUACAUAUGUUUUUUGUACAAUUUACUUAUUCAGAAAACAAGAGGAUUUCCUAAUUUGCUCUUUAUCGUGUAUUUCAAAACUCCUUCAGCAAAUUACCCCUUAUGUAAUCUUGCAGAUCAUAAGCGCCCUUGCCAGCGUGAUUCUGUAAGAUAGAAUAUAUGCAAAUUUUUGUGAAUUUCAAAGAUCUUUACAGCCAAACUAAAAUGUACAUAAAUAAUGAUUACAGAGGAACUUCAUUAGGAAAAAGGUAAAUAAACAUCUUUACCCACUUUGAUUACUGUCAAGUUUGCAACCAGCUUUAUAUCCUGAAAAGCUUUAGAUUUGAAAUCAAGUCAACUAACUGCAUGCAGCUUUGCUGGUAAAUGAAAAUCCUCUUUGGUGGCACUUAUGAAACAAAACUCCAAUAUCUGUGGCCUGCAAUGUUUAAGAAAAACUGCUCUUUCUAAUAUCUGUAUGGGAUUUUAAAAGGAAAACUAUUGCAAGCUGGAUUUCAGGCAGCUGACUUUGAAUUCUUAUAAGAAAGGGUCUUUGUGUUUCUCUUGAAUAGAUAUGUAAUAAAUUUUGCUUGGAAAGAUA